CUGUCCACGGACGAUACUGAGUACUUUCCAUCAUUUGAUCUCUGGGACCUUUAUAAUAAUAUCUUGUAUAUUUACAGGAAAAACGGUGCAGCACCAGGUUUCGGCACCAAGACCCUGCUCGGAGUAGCAGCUGGUUCAGUUGGAGCAUUCGUUGGUACUCCUGCUGAGGUGGCUCUCAUUCGUAUGACAGCUGAUGGUAGACUCCCCGUAGAACAGCGAAGAAACUACAAAAAUGUCGCCGAUGCCCUCAUCAGGAUAGUAAGAGAAGAAGGUGUUCUCAAGCUAUGGCGAGGCGCCACACCCACUGUCGGACGAGCCAUGGUGGUCAACGCAGCUCAGCUCAGCACAUACUCACAGGCGCGUGAGAUGUUCGUUGGCUACGUACCUGACGGUAUCACGCUACAUUUCUGCGCAUCCAUGGUGUCUGGUCUCAUCACCACCAUCGCUUCAAUGCCUGUGGACAUCAUCAAGACGAGGAUACAAAACGCGGCUAAAGGCCAAAGCCAGCUAGGAGUAGUGACCUCCCUCCUCAAGAACGAAGGCGUGCUAUCCCUCUGGAAGGGAUUCCUACCAUACUACGCGCGUCUCGGCCCUCACACAGUACUCACAUUCAUAUUCCUUGAACAAUUCAACGCAGCAUACUUCAGGAUGACAUAAGUAUAAUUUAGAUUAAGAAAAACAGCAAGCAUUAUAAGGUAAGCGUAUAAUCUGAUACUUUGCGUAUAUUAUAAUUAUAAUCUGGUAUUUUUGUGAUAUAUCAUAAAAGGGUAGUUUCCUAAUUUUUAUUUUAAUGUCCUUGUGGUAGAUUCAUUUAAAACUUUAGACACGUAUUUUU